AUGGAAGAGUUUGAUAUCAAUGACAAUAAUUUUAAUGAUGAUAUGGGUUAUGACAAAGGAAUCUUUCAAGUUGUUCAGGAACCUGUUCAUUCUUAUUCUGAAACUUAUGAGAAAAAGAUUUUUUUGGAUCAUCAAGAAAGUAUUUUUUUUCAUGUUGAAAGUUAUGACGAAACCUAUAAUGAUUUUCAAGAAUUUCAAGAAAAUGUUUCAUUUCAUGUUGAAAAUUAUGAAGCUUUUGAAAAUGCUCAUGUUGAAAAUCAUGAAGCUUUUGAAAGCUAA